GUCUGUCUGUAGGACCAUUGCCACGAUGAGUGUAAUACGACCUUUCAAGGCGACUGAUCUGUUCAAGUUCAACCACAUCAACCUUGAUCUGUGGACAGAAACGUAUGCCAUCAACUUCUAUCUGGGCUACCUCUCUCGCUGGCCGGAUAUGUGUGCUGUCCAGGAGACACCUCAAGGCCGUAUGAUGGGUUACGUAAUUGGGAAAGCGGAGGGCAACGGCAUCGAGCGACACGGGCACGUCACCGCGCUCACCGUCGCGCCGGAGUACCGCCGGCUUGGCCUCUCGCGGAAGUUCAUGAACUGGCUCGAGAAGGUCUCUGACGAGAACUACCGCGGGUACUUCGUUGACCUCUACGUGCGCUGUGUCAACUUCGCCGCGAUCAAGAUGUACGAGGGUUUCGGAUACAGCGUAUACCGGCGUGUGCGGGAGUACUACAGUAAUCUGGGACUGGGAUACAGCAUACGAGACGAAGAGGAUGGGUUCGACAUGCGAAAACCGUUAAGUCGAGACCCCAUGCGACGAUCUGUCCGGGCGAAUGGGAGGGACAUCGUCGUCAGCGCACAAGAGGUACCAUAGCUGCUCGUCAUGUAAGGUAUUCUGUAAAUAUCACACGUGCUUAUAUCAU